UCAUGGUUGUGCAAUAUAUAAUUUUUUUGAAAAAUAUGAUUGUAAACCAUGGAGAAUUAUAAUAUCUAAAUUUAUUUUAUUUGGCACAAUUUUAUCAUCUUCAUUAUACAUAUCUUGUUAUACUCAAUAUAGAACUUCAGCUAGUUUAUUUACAUUAGCUAUAUUAUAUCAUAUUAGUUAUAUGGAAUUUUUAAGAAUAAGGAUACAUAUGGACUUAAAAUCAGUUGUAUCUUUACAAAAUGAUUUCUUUGAUGUUUGUAAAAAAGGAAUGAAAAUUUUAAAAUAUGGAUAUAAAAUAAAAUUAAAUAAAAGGAAAAGUUCUCAACAGUUUUUUGAUCUUACAGCAGCUAGAUUAAAAUAUUUACCACCUAUAAUGGAAAAUUUAAUAAAAUAUUUGGGAGAUAUUUCUUGCAUUUAUUAUCAUGUUUCCUUAAUUCUCAUAAGACUAUUACCAGAAAAUUUUUAUAAUGAAGAUUUAUUAACAAGAUUUGAAAAUGGAUCAUUUGAAAUACAUGGUGAAAUAAAUUAUCAAAAAUUAAAGACUCUAUAUCAUACUUAUAUUCUCACUCAAUCUGAGAUGUUACAUUUGUUAGCUAUCGCGUAUGAUAAUCAUAUUUGGCGGCAAUCAUAUAAAAAAAUUCCUGAAUUAAAAUUGGCUUAUAUUAUUCGUUUUUUAAAUAUUUCUUUAAUUAUGUAUAAAAAAAAUUAUCAGAACAUAUUGAUGCUUAUUAUAGUUUUAAAUUGGAACCAUAUAAAUACAAAAGUCCAGAUUCAUCGCAAUGGCAAGAUUUAUAUAUGCAUUUGUAUUUAGCUUCUAAUAAAUUACAAUUGGCUUAUAGUUAUGUAUUAUCAAUACUCCAAGAUAUUGAUAAUGAUGUAAUUGAAAAUGUAACGAACGAAGAUUAUAUGGAAAAAACAAUGCAAAAAUUAACUGCAGCUCAAACAAGUAUUGAAACUGCAAAAGAUUUUAUUGAAUUUAGCAAUUUAUUUUUGGUAAAAUUGCAAAAUAAUGAUAUUACAGUUAACCAUUUAAAAACAAUAUUCCAGUAUCGGUUGCAAAUUCCAAUAUCCAUAUUCGAUCCAUAAUUGAUUCAGAACCGGAAAUUCUAGAUGAAGUAUUUGAAGAAUAUAUUAAAGAAGAAUAUUUAAAACCUUUAAAUGAAGAAACUGAUGAAAUAUCAUUGUAUAAUUACAAACGAGAUAAAGCAUUAUUUAAGAAUU